AUGCCCACGCCGGGAUCAACGCCUGGCCAGGCCCCUCUGAGUCCACCAGCACAUCGUCAGUCAUGGCACAGCACUACGGGGACAACCCAGGACUACCACGUCAACCAGUUCAGCCAGGUCACCCAGGUCGAGGUCAACCAAGCCAGCCAGCUCGGCCUGCUGCGUGAUCUCCCUUCUCCCGCUCUCGUCCUGCCCACCCCCCCCUCCAACUCUCCUCCACUCCUCCACGCCAUCGUGAUCCUCCUUCCGGGCCCCCUCUCCUUCGGCCAAUUUUCACCACUAGCACUCCGCUUCCCAUCAACCGCAAUCUUACUUCGACAGGCAUCACUGCAGGCAUCGUUCCUCUUUGAGCCGCCAGCCUUCACCCGCUUCGCCCAACUCGUCACCUCCAUACAACAAGGCAGUACCCGUCAGGACAACCUCGAGAGCUGUGCUCUCUCUCCUCUUUCCCUGCUCUCGACAACCCAACUUUGUCCAGAUCAUCAGCGUCUACGGCCUGUAUGA